AUGGCCCUCAAGGUGUUCAGUUGGCUGAAUCGGAAGAUGCAUUCCAAUGCGGAGUACUGCACCAUUGAUGAUAAUAAGGCCAUGGAGAAGGAAGACUCUGUGCGCGCGUGCGCGAGUGUGGCUGAGCAAGACACUGAAGCCCUGCUGCUCCGUGAUGUGCUUCUUAAUGGCAUACUUGCGAUUGGCACGCUUGGCCACAACAUGAACUCCCCUGAGGCCCGCCAUGAACAAGAUGAGUUCAUCGUCAUGGAUGAAGAAAAGGUGGACCAAGAGAAGUACGAAGAGGAAAAGUGUGAGGACAAAGAAGAGGCAUUCGCUACAGCACCAAGUGCACCAGAACCUGCUAUUGAACCUGCCAGGAUGCAUUCAUCGUCGAUGAAAGAAUACAACUUCACGUGUUCUGUAAAGGAAGAAAUCCUGAUGUGUGAAGUUGAAGUGGAGGAUAUCUCUAAAAUCCAGGAACAACCACUUCUGAUGGCAGAGAAGGUUGAGAAAGUGAGAACUACACUUGCUGAUCUAUUUGCAGCCGAAACAUUCUCACCAAGUGAUACAGGGGAGAAGAGUCACCAGAAGACUGUUAUUAUUGCUGGGGCAUCCACUUCAAAACCUACAUUGUGCAUGGAAAAGACACAUAAAAAGAAGCCAAUAAAGCCAAUGCCAGAUCCUCUGAAGGCUACGAGAAAAUUAAGUCGAGUAUGGCUUUCUUCGUCCCUAUCUUUUAUGUGUUGCAACUAUGCUCAUUUUAUGAAAACGUUGCCAUUGGUUCUUCUGCAAAUUCAUGUUAGCUUGUCGUGUUACACUGCCUGUUACUUACCUAGAAGUGGUUCAAAUUCGCCACUUUACUCCAUGGACACGACAGUGUUUUAUAUAUUGCUCAUGUUUUUUCACCGGAAAGUCGUGAAGAAGAUGCUGGGGAAGAAGAUCCACCCAGAGCAGCUCAAUGGACGUAGUAAUGCAGAGGAACCUCCGCUGCUUGGUGCCUAG